AAUUUUCUAAUUCUUUGGUAUAUAAAUUUUUAAUUGGAAAUGAAUUCUCAAAACCCAAGUUCAAAUGACCAAGGAAGAGAUGAUGGAAUUUCUGGAAACAAUUCUGUCAGUGAUCAGGGCACCAAGUCAAAGAGACGCUCUAAGAAGGACAACGAUGGAAGAAACUUCAAAUGCGAUAAAUGAGACAAGACUUAUCUCUCCUACCCGGCAUUGUACACUCAUACUAAGCUGAAGCACUCUGAUGGUAACGAUGGAAAGCCAGUCCUCCCUGUUUUUAGUGGGAGAGGUAGAGGAAGACCUAGGAAAAACACUCAGAAAAGGAUUGACCCUACUACUGAAGAAUACUUCAAAAGUGAAGGGAGAGAAGGAGGCCCAACUAAUCCCAUCCAUGGGUUCCAAGAAGUUCUUGAAGGGUUCAAAUAUGAUGAGUACUCUGACUACAAGAAGUUCCCACUGUACAAAUACCUCGAGAAAUUUGCACUCGAUGCUGGUUGUAUCAAGUCUCUUACAGAGGGUAUCCAUAAGAAAAUUGAUUCCAAGCCUAAGGAAAAUGGAGGAACUUCAUCCGGAGAUGCAGGCGGCGAAGGAGUUUCAGAAGAAAUGAAGGAGACAGAAGGACAAGAUUCAUUGUUCGUGAACCCAGAUAGCACAAUUUAUUUAACCCGGGACAUCAAUAACUUGCCUGAAGAGGAAAGAAGUAAACUGAGCUCUGACGAGGUCUUUGCAAUCUAUUUGAAUGAGAUUUCAAAAAAGAUUAACCCCGAAUAUUACAAGACAAUGCUCAAGUUCAUUAUAGCCUACAGAGAAUGUCUAAAUAAGUACGGGUGGGAGAAGAAAGCUGAAAAUGACGAGGUACUCAACAACAGUGGAGCUAAUGAAGAGGUUGAAAAUACCACAAUGAUCACCCCCGCUUCUGAUGUUAUUAUUGCAAAGGCUAGAGAACUUCGUGAUAAGGCUAAAGGAAGAGAAUUCUCUGUCAUAAACAAUGCUGAGCAUGCUCCAGAGAUUUGCAAUGAAUUCGUGACUGUUUUCUUGCAAGAAAGGAGCAAGGAAAUCAGUCUUACCAAGAACGAAAGUAUCGAUUUGACAAGAAAUAUAUGCCAUUGGCUUUUCACUGAGUGUUAUACCUGCUCUAAAGUGUCAAUGAUCAAGAGCUAAGGAAGAACUUUCAUGACUAAGUAG